AUGACGAAGCUUCAGGCAGAUGAAGACGACAGCGCAAUCGGAGCUCGUGUCGUUCUUUCCAAGUUGCCAAUUUUUCGUAUUGGAUUAUUAAGAUACGAUGCAUUCCACGUCUCAACGUUCAGCGCAAGAUACGAUGUCUAUGUCGCCGAGCCCGCAUUUAGCAGUUUAUGUCUCACACCCGCAACUCGCUAUCCACUCUGGUGA